CACACUGUAAUUGUGUGAUGGAUUCUCCACCGGCGAAGAGCUGGAGCAUCCACACCCGACCCGAGAUCAUCGCCAAGUACCAGAUCCUCGAGCGCGUCGGAUCCGGCGCCUACUCCGACGUCUACCGGGCCCGCCGCCUCUCCGACGACCUCACCGUCGCCCUCAAGGAGGUCCACGACUACCAGUCCGCCUUCCGCGAAAUCGAGGCCCUCCAGACUCUCCAAGCCUGCCCCAACGUCGUCGUUUUGCACGAGUACUUCUGGCGCGAGGACGAGGACGCCGUGCUCGUCCUCGAGUUCCUCGCCUCCGACUUGGAGACUGUGAUCCGAGCCGCCAAGAAGAACGGCGCCGCCGGGAUCCGAUGCGGCGAGGUCAAGAGGUGGAUGCUGCAGAUGCUCUCCGGGAUCGACGCGUGUCAUCGGAAUAUGAUCGUGCAUCGGGAUUUGAAGCCGAGCAACUUGUUGAUUGGGGAGGACGGUGUGCUCAAAUUAGCUGAUUUCGGACAGGCAAGGAUACUGCUCGAGCCUGGAUAUGCUCCUGAUGAAGCAUAUGAGCAAAGCGCUCGAAGUCAGGCCAAUGUCGUUCAGCCGGCUGGAGCAGUUCCUGAAGAAGGGUACAGAGUUAGAGAUGGGAGUAUGAGCAAAGAGGAAUAUUUUAGGGUGUUGGAUGAGGUCAAGGCAAAAGAUUUUGAUAAGGAUAUGAAUGUUGCGGAUGGAGAUACAUCUUGUUUAGCUACGUGUACAACAAGUGAUGUAGACGAUGAGGUUUUCAAAGCUUCUGAUUCAUAUGAGCCGGAGGAUUAUGGAGAUAAGGCUGGUAUGACAUCCUGUGUUGGAACUCGAUGGUUCAGAGCCCCUGAACUUCUCUACGGAUCAACAGACUAUGGUUUAGAGGUUGAUUUAUGGUCGUUGGGUUGCAUUUUCGCUGAGCUUUUUACUCUGCAACCACUUUUCCCAGGGAAUUCUGAUAUUGAUCAGCUCAGCAGAAUCAUCAAUGUCCUGGGAAAUCUAACUGAGGAGGUGUGGAUUGAGUGUGAUAAGCUUCCAGAUUACAAGACAAUUUCAUUUAAUAAAGUUGAAAAUCCAACUGGAGUAGGGGCCUGUCUGCCCAAUCGUACCCCUAGUGAAGUCUCUCUGGUGAGCAGACUUGUUUGCUAUGACCCAGCUAGAAGAGCUACAGCAAUGGAGCUGCUGCAAGACAAGUAUUUCAAUGAAGAGCCACUUCCAGUUCCCCUAUCUGAGCUGCAUGUUCCUCUCGAGAAGAGUGGGCCAGAUGAGGUUUCUGGUGGCUGUCGUGAUUACAAUGAUAUGGGUUCAGACUCUGAUUUUGAUGAAUUUGCCAAUGUGGAUUUUACCGCCACCAAAACAGGUUCUUUCAUGCAGUUUUCUUGAGUGAAAUUUAGUGUUUACUUGUAUCUAUUGUUCCGAUUGUUUGAAAGUUUUUUGGAGAAUUAAUAUUAUGGAAUCCUUAUAUCUA